AACUUCCAGAACUCUAAUCUCUCACCUACACCCGUUAAAAGUGUCCUCUCGGUCUCUCCCUGACUAUUGAGUGGAGUAUUUUACUAUUUUCGUGGGUUUCCUUUCUCUUUUUACACAGAGGAUUACAAAAUAUUUCGAAAAAGGGAAAAGAGCCUUGUGUUGGGCGGAUUUCCCAUAAACUAGAAACUGCUGAUUCACUGUGAGAUUCUCUCGCAGUUUGAGAAGAAUAACGGAAUGCCCAUUUGGUGUUUGGUCUUAUAAUCAUCAAUUAUCUUGCUCAAUUAUGGUAACAAAUUUGAGAGUUGGAGGAGAAUUCCUUUUACGGGUCUGGGUUUUCCUUUCUUGCUGAUUCUGAGCGAAACCCAGAAAACUGUGGAAAGAUUAGAACUUGGAAGGAGAGCUGUAUGAAGAAGUGAUUGGAACAAUGAGAGAUGGGGAUUCAAAGAAAAGCAAGCUUUCAUGGUCAAAGAAACUGGUUAGGAAAUGGUUCAAUAUCAAGAGCAAAAAUGAGGAGUUUCAGUCUGAUGAAGUAGUUUAUGGGGGUAGUGAUGUGGAAUGGAGAAAUAGCUACUCAGAGAGGGAGCCAUGGACAAUCAAGAAAAGCAGAACAGAAAAUUUAAGCAGGAGCACGGAUCGCCUCCGGCGGGGGAGUGUUAAUCUCGAUCAUCCACAAGUUAUUAAUGUGCAUAACAAUAGCAUUUUUGUGGCUACUUGGAAUGUUGGAGGAAAAUCACCACCAAGUAAUUUGAAUCUAGAUGAUUUUCUCCAUUCAUCGCCUCCUGCAGACAUUUAUGUCCUUGGAUUUCAAGAGAUUGUUCCUCUGAAUGCCGGGAACAUUCUUGUUGCUGAAGAUAAUGGCCCUGCCAAAAAAUGGCUAUCCCUAAUCCAAAAAACACUGAACAAUCUUCCCGGAACUAGUGGAGGUAGCGGAUGCUAUACUCCUUCACCCAUCCCCAAUCCAGUUGUAGAAUCAGAUGCAGAUUUUGAGGGAUCAACUAGGCAGAAUAACUCCUUUUUCCACCGUCGGUCAUUCCAGACACCCUGCAGCUGGAGAGCCGAUCAAAGUGAUCCUUCAACCUCACAGCCUUGCCUUGAUAGGCGAUUCAGUGUUUGUGACCGGGUGAUUUUCGGUCACAGGCCAAGUGACUAUGAUCCCAGUUUCAGAUCAAGUCAUAGACCAAGUGAUGCUUCGUGGGGUCAUAGAACUAGUGACCUUUCUGUGGGUCACAGGCCAAGUGACUAUUCAAGAUGGGGUGGUUCAUCUGAUGAUGAGUAUGGGCCUGGGGAUUCACCGAGCAAUGUGGGAUUCUCGCCAAUGUUCAAUGCUGGGUAUGCACCAAUGUACAAUGCUGGAUAUGGACCCAUGUACAAUGCUGGAUAUGCACCAACGGAAGGUGGAUAUAGCGUGCCAGGGCAUUCAAGGUACUGCUUGGUUGCCAGCAAGCAAAUGGUUGGGGUUUUUCUCACAAUAUGGGUUAAGAGUGAUCUGAGAGAACAUGUCAGAAACAUGAAAGUAUCUUGUGUUGGCAGAGGAUUGAUGGGUUAUCUUGGAAAUAAGGGAUCCAUUUCAGUCAGCAUGUUGUUACAUCAAACGAGCUUUUGCUUUGUGUGUAGUCAUUUGACAUCCGGACAGAAGGAGGGGGAUGAACUGCGUAGGAACUCUGAUGUCAUGGAGAUUUUAAAGAAGACGAGGUUUCCACGAGUGCAUAGCCUUGGUGACGAUAAGUCCCCAGAAACAAUCCUUGAACACGAUCGAGUUAUUUGGCUGGGGGAUCUAAAUUACCGGAUAGCCCUUUCUCACCGGUCUGCUAAGGCACUCGUUGAGAUGCAAAACUGGAGGGCAUUGUUAGAGAAUGACCAGCUGAGGAUAGAGCAGAGAAGAGGGCGUGUUUUCCAUGAGUGGCAAGAAGGUCAGAUAUAUUUCCCACCAACAUACAAGUACUCAAAUAACUCAGAUAGAUACGCAGGGCACGAUAUGCGCCGGAAGGAAAAGAGACGAACGCCUGCAUGGUGUGAUCGGAUUUUGUGGUACGGAGGAGGGCUUCACCAACUAUCCUACGUCCGGGGAGAAUCUAAGUUCUCGGAUCACAGACCAGUUUAUAGCUUAUUUUGGGCGGAGGUUGAAUCUCCCCAAGGCCGUUCGAGGAACAACAUGAGUGGUUCUAGUUCCAGAGUUGCUGCAGAGGAGCUGUUACCAUACUCACAUGGAUACACUGAACUUUGCUUCUUCUGAGAUGUGGGAAGAAGUACAAAUAAUAAUACAUUAGAUUAGAAUGGAAUUGCUUUAGAGAAAUUCAGCUUUGAAGAAGGAUGAUGGGGACUUGUCCUUUGCUCGCUAACCGAAAAACGUCGGUCCUUCCCUUUUUCUUUCCCCAUGUUUUUUUAUUUGUAUCUCACUUCUUUUGUCUGAUUUUGUCCCUCUCCCUUUCCCUUAUCAGGUGUAUAUAAUUGCAAUUUUGCUGGCUAACUUCACAUUACCUGAAGCACAAUUUAAUCAACCUAGUGUAGAAUUCCCACGACGUUAAAGUUCUGUACAAGCAUUUUGCAGUCUCACAUAUCCUCAGGUACAUAAUCGCUGCCUCAAUCUUGGAAAUAACUAACUUCACCAGUGUAAUGCUGAAAUAGUCUUGGCUAUUUCUGUUUUGCAGGCUGAAUUCAAACAAGUGAAAAGAGGGUAAAAUCAGGAUUAGUGUUUUUUUCUUUGCCAGAGAUUCUCUGUCUGUUUGAGAAGGCAAAGAGAGUGUCAAAAUGACUCUUUGUAAGCUGCCUUUUUUGUUUUUGAAGGUGAAGGGUACAAAAAAAACUGAUGUAUACUCAAAAGGCUAGAGUAUAUCAGCAACCCACUUGUUUUGUUGUUGACAAUGAUUUUUUUUCUGAAAAGAGUUGUUUUCUUGAUUA